AUGAAAUCAAAAAAUAAUAAAAAUAUUAAAAAAGCCUAUGUUCUUGCUGUUGAUAUUGGUACAACAACGAUAAAAGUUGCCAUAUUUGAUGACAAAAAUAAAAUAAUUACAUGUGAAUCUGAAAAGAUUAAAGUAGAAAUAUUAAGAAAAAAUGAUAUUUUUCAAGCAGUAAUAGAUCCUGAUAAACUAUGGAAUCAAUUUGUAGAACUUGUCAAAAAGACUGUUUCAAAUUUUGGCUCUGGUGAUUUAAUUGAUUCAUUUGGGAUAUGUUGUCAAAGAAAUACAUUUAUCACUUGGGAUAAGAGAACAAUGAAACCAAUUCAUCCAUUAAUUACAUGGAAAGAUUGUAGAGGAAAAGAUGAAUGUAAUAAUUGGAAUAAUGGUUUUUUUAUUAAAUUAUUAAAUUUUGCUGGAACAAUUUUAUAUUUUUUAUUUAGAAAUGAAAAGUUUAAAUCUCUCAAAAUAUUUCGUUUUAUUAAUGGUAUGGUAUCUCAUAGAUUUUUGGCUAUUUCAAAAGAAUAUAAAGAAGUUGAAAAACUAAGAAAAGAAGGUUUAUUGGGAUUUGGAUUAUUAGAUACAUGGCUUAUUGCAAAAUUAACUAAUGGUAAAAAUAUUGUUACAGAUCCAUCUGGUUGUUCAACAACAGGUUUAUAUGAUCCAUUCAUUAAAAAUUGGUCAACAUAUCUUUUAAAAAUUAUAUCAUUUCCAAGUGAAAUUUUACCAAAAUUAACAAGUAGUGCAGGUGAAAUAAUUGGUAUUACAAAUAAAUCUAUUUUUGGUUAUGAAAUUCCUAUUUGUUCAUUAAUGGGUGAUCAACAAGCAGCUAUUAUUGGCAGUGGUUGUAUAUCUAAAGGUGAUGUUAAAAUAUCACUUGGUACUGGAUCAUUUAUUAAUGUAAAUACAAAUAAAAAAGUUUUUGCCUCAUUAUUAGGUUUAUAUCCAGUAUGUGUAUAUAAAAUAAAAGAUGAUUAUUGUUUUGCUGUUGAAGGUGUUAGUAGUGAUACGGCUGAUGUUAUUAAAUGGGCAGGAUUAAUGAAUUUAUAUGAUAAUAUAGAAAAUUCUUCUAAUAUUGCUUUUUCUGGAAAUAUUGAUAAUUAUUUAAAUUUUUAUCCAUUUUUUAGUGGAGUUCAAACACCAACAAAUGAUACUAAUGCAUGUUGUGGAUUAUUAGGUAUCAAUUCUACUUCAAAAAAAGAAGAUAUAUUACGUGCAAUAUUAGAAAGUAUUUCAUUUCGUAUUUUUCAAUUAUGGAAAGCAGUAUUUAAAGAAUUAUCUAAUUUUAAAUAUAAUAAAAUUAGAAUUUGUGGUGGUGUUGCAGCUAAUGACUUUAUUUGUCAAACAAUUUCUACAUUACUUAAUACAAAAAUUGAAAGACCUAAUGACUAUACAUCAACAACAUUAAUUGGAUCAGCUUUUAUGUGUGGAGUGACAAGAGGGUAUUAUAAAAUAACGGAUAUCUCUGAAAUAGUAACUAUUGAUAAAACAUUUUUUCCAAACAAAAAUGAAUAUGAAAGGUUAAUGGAAAAAUUUAAUAAUUGGGAAAAAGCUUUAGAGAGAACAUUAAAUUAUUAUGGAAAAUAA